UCUCUCUCUCUCUCUCUCUCUCUCUCUCUCUCUCACUCUCACUCUCACUCUCAUAUCAUGACUCGCACCUUGAUUUCAAGCACAAACGCAACCAAAUCGAUCAAGUUCCUCUACAGCUAUGGCGGCAAAAUCCUCCCUCGUCCCACCGACGGCAAACUCCGAUACGUCGGCGGUCUCACCCGAGUCCUCUCCGUCGAUCGUUCUAUCACUUAUUCAGAGCUGAUGGUGAAGUUUGGAGAGUUGUGUGGAUCGUCCAUGACUUUGAAGUGCAAAUUGCCUAAUGAAGAUCUAGACGUGUUGGUUACGAUCGCUACUGAUGAGGAUCUUGCUAAUGUGAUCGAUGAAUACGAUCGAUUCUCGUUGUCUACGCAAAAGGACAUGAAGAUCACUGCGGUUCUCUUCCCGAUCAAGUCUCUCAAAAAAAUCUCCCCUGUUUCAAGCGUCGACGAUCUCUGUUCUUCUGGUUCGAGCCUCGAUUCCUCUGCAACAACCACAUCGCCGACGUACGUAUCUGCUAGAUUCUGCUCCGCGCCGCCGUAUGUGGCGACGGCUCCCUGCCGAUGCGGUGGCCGGAAUUCCUCGAAUUACUCACAGGCCUUUCGAUUUCCGUUCGCUGUUCAGAAAGAGUCCGGCGAAGCCAUGCCUAUGCAUCAUCAUCAUCUCUACCGUUGCUAUGAACGAAAAAGCCCUAGACAAGCCUACGGUGUUCCUCAAUGGAAUCACUGCCGGUAAUCUGAAAAGUGCCUAUGGAAGCUGAUAUAUACAAAUAUACAUACAUGCACACACAACAACAACAAACAACGACAAUCAGAGAUCUAAAGAACAAAAACCCAAAAAAAAUAAUAAUAAUAAUAAAAAAAAAAAUUUGAAGUCAGAUUUUCGUGAGUGUGUGGUAGGGAGAUUGUAAAUUUUAGUUUGAGGACAAAUUUGAUUCCAAUUUUUUCUUUUUUUUUGGGUGUGGUGAUGAUGCAAUUGAGUCCAAAUUUAUAUACAAAUCGGUGUUUUGUGCGGCCAUUCUUA